AUUGUUUAGACAAAAAAAUUUUUAGACGCAGUUGCACGAGGUUCCAAAAUCGGAACACGCGAAAAAAAAAAAUACAAUUGUUGUAAAUAUUUGUUAAAGUGUUAAAUAUAAACUAAAAAUGAGGUACGGACAAUUGGUAAUGGGACCAGCGGGCAGUGGGAAGUCAACGUACUGUCAAGCUCUACAACGACAUGCUGCCGAUGAAAAUAAAACCAUCCACGUGGUUAACUUGGAUCCGGCUGCUGAAUAUUUUGAAUAUGAACCACUUGUAGAUAUCAGGGAGCUAAUAAGUCUUGAUGAUGCUAUGGAAGAUGAUGAAUUGAAGUUUGGUCCCAAUGGUGGACUCAUUUUUUGUAUGGAGUAUUUAGUAGAGAAUCCAGGAUGGCUGGAUGAACAACUUGGUGAUGUUGAUGAUGACUACAUAAUAUUUGAUUGCCCUGGACAAAUAGAACUUUACAGCCACAUGUCAGUUAUUAAAAAUUUGAUAGACACAUUGCAGAAUUUGAAUUUUCGUUUGUGUGGAAUUUUUCUUAUUGACAGCCAAUUUAUGGUUGACCCACAGAAAUUUAUAUCUGGCACAAUGGCUGCGCUCAGUGUGAUGGUUAAUCUUGAGAUUCCUCAUCUCAAUAUUCUGAGUAAAAUGGAUUUAUUGUCCAAGAAAGCCAAGAAACAGUUGGACAGAUAUUUGGAACCAGAUCCGUAUUAUCUUCUCGCUGACAUGGAAGACGAUCCUUGGAAUGAAAAGUACCGGAAUUUGACUGAAGCUCUAGGUCAGCUGAUUGAGAGCUACAGUCUCGUUAGAUUUCUACCCCUGGAUAUUACGGACGAAGAAAAUAUAUCAGACAUUAGAAUCACUAUUGACAAUGCGGUACAGUAUGGUGAGGAAGAAGAUGUCAAGACGAGAGAUUUUGAUCAACCAGAAGAAAAUGAUGAUGGUGACAACGACUAAUCUAUGUAUUUUUUAAUAAAACUUGAUAAAUAUUUAUUUUCAAAA